GAGGAGGAGGAGGAGGAGGUGGAGGAGGCGGCUCAGGGCAAUCGAGAAGCGAGCCGGAGCGCGGGGCGCGAGUCGAGGAGUCCAGCCGAGCCGCCGCCGCCGCCGCCGCCGCCUCCCCGCCUUCAGCGAGAGCCCCGGCCGGGGGCCCGCCACAACGCGCCCGGGCCUGCCUCGGCGUCAGGCCCCGCGGGCAGCGCCAGGCAGCCAGGGGGAGGGCGAGCAAGUGAGCGCCGGGAGGAGGCGGCCGGAGCGAGCGGGCGCCGCGCGUGUGGCGUGAGGGGAAGCCGCUGGCCGCCCCCUAGGCCGUCCCUUCGCUCCCCCUCCCCGCUCCCCGCCCCGACCGCGGAGGGCACCAUGUCGGCGCCGACGGCCAAAGCCAGUAAAAAGGAGCUCAACUCCAACCACGACGGGGCCGACGAGACCUCAGAAAAAGAACAGCAAGAAGCAAUCGAACACAUUGACGAAGUACAAAAUGAAAUAGACAGACUUAAUGAACAAGCCAGUGAGGAAAUUUUGAAAGUAGAACAAAAAUAUAACAAACUCCGCCAACCAUUUUUUCAGAAGAGGUCAGAAUUGAUCGCCAAAAUCCCAAAUUUUUGGGUAACAACAUUUGUCAACCAUCCACAAGUGUCUGCACUGCUUGGGGAGGAAGAUGAAGAGGCUCUGCAUUACUUGACCAGAGUUGAAGUGACAGAAUUUGAAGACAUUAAAUCAGGUUACAGAAUAGAUUUUUAUUUUGAUGAAAAUCCUUACUUUGAAAAUAAAGUUCUCUCCAAAGAAUUUCAUCUGAAUGAGAGUGGCGACCCAUCUUCAAAGUCCACUGAAAUCAAAUGGAAAUCUGGAAAGGAUUUGACAAAACGCUCAAGUCAAACGCAGAAUAAGGCCAGCAGGAAGAGGCAGCAUGAAGAGCCGGAGAGCUUCUUCACUUGGUUCACUGACCAUUCUGAUGCAGGUGCAGAUGAGUUAGGAGAGGUCAUCAAAGACGAUAUUUGGCCAAACCCCUUGCAGUACUAUUUGGUUCCUGAUAUGGAUGAUGAAGAAGGAGAGGCAGAAGAUGAUGAUGAUGAUGAUGAAGAAGAAGAAGGCUUGGAAGAUAUUGAUGAGGAAGGGGAUGAAGAUGAAGGUGAAGAAGAUGAAGAUGAUGAUGAAGGGGAGGAAGGAGAGGAGGAUGAAGGCGAGGAUGACUAGCACAGAAGACUGAUGGAUUCCAGCCCUCUUUUUUAUUUCUUUUUCUUUUGUAAUUUUCUCCAGUCCCUGGGAGCGGGUUGCAGUCACCCCCUCCCCCACCCUCCUGUGCUCAGUAGCCCUGAUUCUGAGGUCUCUUCUCCACACCAUGGUUCUCAACCCAUUUGGGGGGAAAUACCUUGAACAAAAUACAACAGGAAAAGAAUCUCCACUAUUCUGUUCUAAAUUCAUUUUUAUCCUUUGUUGUCUCAAACUGUGGAUUCAACACCACCACUGUGCUCUGUGGGAAAAAAGAAAAACCCUUCGGCCCCCUUGGCUCUGCUGGAGGCUGGGGGGUGCUAGGCCCCUGUGUAGUAGUGCAUAGAAUUCUAGCUUUUUUCCUUUCUCUGUAUAUUGGGCUCAGAGAUUACACUGUGUCUCUAUGUGAAUACAGACAGUUAGCAUUUACCAACAUGUAUCUGUCUACUUUCUCUUGUUUAAUAAAAAGAAAAAAAAAAAAGAAAAAAAGGGGGGGUAUAGAAGGUCAGCAAGGGUGGGUUGAGGUGUCUGGGGAGGGUAAGUGGGCAUUGUGACAACAUGGCUUCUCCUUUGGCAUGUUUGAUUGUGAUGUUUAACAGACAUCCUUGCAGUUUAAGAUGACACUUUUAAAUAAAAUUCUCUCCUAACGAUGACUUGAGCCCUGCCACUCAAUGGGAGAAUCAGCAGAACCUGUAGGGUUUUAUUUGGAGUUGACAUUCUCUGUUGUAACUUUAUUUUUAACUUUUUUUAUUUUUAUUUUUUUGGUUUUCACUGGAAGGAAAAAAUGCUCAUUUUAAAUGUUGAAGUGUACAAGUUGCUUUGUUACAAUAAAACCAAUGUGUACACAAAG